AUGUCUCCUUCGGCAGAGCUUCUAGAGCCGCACGGCGGUGCUGCCAGCACCACGCAAAAGACGGCUCCGGCGAAGACGAUGGCGACAUCGACCACUGCCGAUUCCAAGCCGGCCGGCGCCAGCCACAACAUUAUCGACAUCCGCCAGGCUUCCGUCGAGAUGAAUCUCCGCGACGAGAUCGUCUCCCAGUUCUGCGCCAAGAACGGCCCACGUACAAUGCCAACCCUGCUUCUCUAUGAUGAAGCCGGCCUUCAGCUGUUUGAAGACAUCACGUACCUCGAGGAGUACUACUUGACCAACAAUGAAAUCAACGUGCUCACGGCCGCGGCUGCUGAGAUUGCAGAGCUCAUUCCCCAGGACUCUAUGAUUAUUGAGCUUGGCAGCGGCAAUCUCCGUAAGAUCAACUUGCUCCUCCAAGCUCUCGAAACGUCUGGCAAGCGCGUCGAGUACUACGCCCUCGACCUCUCUCUGCAGGAGCUCCAGCGCACACUCUCCCAGCUGCCGCGCUAUGAAUAUGUCCGCUGCUUCGGCCUGCUUGGCACCUACGACGACGGCCGGGAGUGGCUCAAAACGCCCGCCAUCCUGCAUCGCCAAAAGUACAUCGUGACUCUGGGCUCGAGCAUCGGUAACUUCCACCGCGACGACGCCGCUGAUUUCUUGCGCGGCUUCUCUGACGUCCUGCAUCCGGGCGACUCGAUCCUGGUCGGCCUUGACGGCUGCGUCGACGCCGACAAGGUGUACCACGCUUACAACGACAAGGAAGGACUCACACAUAGAUUCGUCCUCAACGGCCUCAUCAAUGCCAACCGCAUCCUAGGCAAGGACGUAUUCCAGCUGGAUGAUUGGCGCGUCAUCGGCGAAUAUGUGCACGACAUUGACGGCGGCCGGCACCAGGCCUUUUACGCCCCGGUUCGGGACGUUGAGGUUCUCGGCGAGCGCAUCCAACCGCACGAGCGCGUUCAGGUUGAACAGAGCGUCAAGUACUCGCCGGCCGAGGCCAACUACCUCUGGCGCUCCGCCGGCCUGACCGAGACCUACAAAUGGCAGAAUGACAGCAAGGAGCACGAUAAGCCGAUCAAGCUAAGAAAUGCUUGUAUCUUUUAUCUGGGUCACAUUCCGACCUUCCUCGACAUCCAGCUGUGCAAGACGACGGGCGAAGCCGCGACCGAACCCGCCUACUACGCUCGCAUCUUUGAGCGUGGUAUCGAUCCGGAUGUCGACAACCCGGAACUCUGCCACGACCAUUCAGAAAUCCCUGACGAGUGGCCUGCGCUCAAUGAGAUCCUGGGCUACCAGAAGCGGGUCCGCGAACGGAUCCGGGCAUUUUAUGCAACCAACGUCGGCAGUACACCCCAGACGGAAAGCCACGCACCGGUAACCCGGCCUGUGGCCCAGGCCAUUUGGGUCGGGUUUGAGCACGAGCUCAUGCACCUUGAGACACUGCUCUACAUGAUGCUGCAGAGCGAUAAGACCCUCCCUCCACCGAACGUGCCGAAGCCGGACUUUGCGAAGCUGGCUGCCAAGGCGCGGGCGGCCCGUGUCGAGAACCAGUGGUUCGAUAUUCCUGCUCAAGACCUGGUGAUCGGCAUUGACGAUCCCGACAAUGGGACCGACCUGACGCGCAACUUUGGAUGGGACAACGAGAAGCCAGCCCGUGCGGUGCACGUUCAUGCUUUCCAGGCUCAGGGGCGGCCAAUCACCAACGAAGAGUACGCGCUUUACAUGUACAACAACUCCGUCGACAAGAAUCCUGUUUCGUGGUCCGAUGUUACCGAGCGCACGGAGGGUCACGCCAAUGGACUAUCGAAUGGGGUUUCACACGGGCAUGCAAAUGGCCAUACGACUAACGGGCACGCCAAUGGUGACUCCAAGACGCUUCCCUCGUCGUUCUUGAAGGGUAAAAUGGUGCGCACAGUGUACGGCCUCGUGCCCCUUGAGUACGCGCUGGACUGGCCCGUGUUUGCCUCAUACGACGAGCUCAAGGGUUGCGCAUCGUGGAUGGGUGGCCGCAUCCCGACAUUCGAAGAAGCACGCAGCAUCUACCAGCACGUGGACCUUUCACGGCAGAAGCAGAGCGCCGACAAGAAGCUCGGCAAGACGCUUCCAGCAGUCAACGGCCAUUUGUCCAACGACGGCGUGGAAGAGACGCCCCCGGCGGCCGCGGACGUGGCCGGCAGCUCGGCCGGGCAGGGCGACAACUUGUUUGUUGACCUGGACGGUGCCAAUGUAGGCUUUCAGCACUGGCACCCCGUGGCCGUGACGGCGCACGGCAACCGGCUGGCGGGUCAGGCCGAGAUGGGCGGCGUGUGGGAGUGGACGAGUUCGCCGCUGCGGCGUCAUGACGGUUUCGAGCCAAUGCGGCUGUACCCCGGGUACACGGCGGACUUUUUCGACGAGAAGCACAACAUUGUCCUGGGCGGAUCCUGGGCUACGCACCCGCGCAUCUCGGGCCGCAAGUCUUUCGUCAACUGGUACCAGCGCAACUACCAGUACGCCUGGGUCGGUGCCCGGCUCGUCCGCGAUAUCUAG